UAGUUUUUAUCCUCCUAGAAUUCAUCUGUUCACCACUGUUUUUCUUCUUCCCUCUCUCCCCCCUAAAUGGGCCACGACUGGGUUCGUGAUGAACGCAGGACGAGAUUCGUUGCGAACCCAGACGACCUGGGUUCCUCAUGAACCCAGCAAGGGGUUCAAAGCAAACCCAGACGAUCUGGGCUCAUCGCGAACCCAGACGAACCCAGAUCUGGGUUUCUGAGGAACCCAGCACUGGGUUUGCCUCCUCUAUCCUCCUUCCUUCAGUAUUCCGACAUUCUCUACUUCCAUUUUUGUCAUUCUUUCCCUUCUCCAUCCCCCUCCCUCCGUAUAAUAACUUGAAUAUACGGAACACACUUUUUCAAUUAACUGCACACUGCACACACAUAAUCAUUGAAAACGAAACGACAAUCAAAAUCAAUCAAAACAAUAACAAAAUGCUCAGAAGAAUCUGGGUUUGUGAAACCUGAAUAUGGGUUUUUUUAAUCCAAAUCUUGUUCGUUGAACCUAGAAAUGGUUUCUUUCAAAUCUAGUGAUUUGAAUUUUCAAAGAGAGAAGGAGAGGUAGGACCGGACUGCUGGGAAAGGAAAAGGGAGUAAGUGAGUGGCUAGAGAAAGGAUAGGAAAGGGGAGAUCGACAAUGAUAGAGGAGAAAGGAAGAUGAAUGGUCAGAGAGAGGCAUUGGCAUUUAACCUUUAUUUUUUCCUAAUAAACUUUCUCUUGUGGUUUCUUUGUGCAGGUUGGACAACUCAAUUUCUCCCGAAGUAAAUAUCGUGAACCAGCUAAUAACGGCAGUCACUCCUCUUGUGCAACAAAAUCCUGUACUCAAUGCGUUCUGGCCUUCUUUCAUGUCAUCCAUAUAUUGUAUAAUGAUGAUGUUGCGUACUGUAACACAACUUAUACAAGUUGCCAAUGUUCGCCUUCAUCCCGAUUUCGGCACAGACUUCUGGAGUAAAAUCCUGGAGACAAUCACUUUCCUGACAAGCUCAUUGGCUGUAAUUUCCCUCCUCUCAAUUAACAAACCAUAUAUCGCCUUGUUCUGGUUUAUUGUAUGGCUCCUCUAUGCUGCACACCGUAUUCACACCUUGAUUCUGGACUUAAACCGACCAACGUUGCCCAUUACCAGCCACAGCUACGUGGGAUCCAAUUCUAAUUACGUCACUACAAUUAUUGGAAAAAUGAAAUUUUGGGCUACAAACUUGCUCCAGUGGUGUGCUGCAGUACUAAUUCCAAUGGUUCGUCCUAGGAGAAUGCUUGAUCGCCCCAUUGGUGACAGGGUCCAGCAGGUUGAUGUUUAAAUUAGUUUCAAAUGUGUAUUUUUUUAUUUUUUAUUUUUUUGUUCUGAUAAAAAAAUGUUUAGUGUUGUAUGUUAUAUGUAUCAUUUGGUAGGUGGAGUAUUUCUUAUAUCUACACCAUUCCGUUUACAUUUGGCUAUCAAGAAAAGAAAAAUCGAUUUAAGCA